UUGAUACCAAUGCAAACACUAAAUUCAAUGUAAAUGCACGAAGCGAUAGUGAUAAGAACGAAGCAAUUUUUUUCUGUUUCUAAAGCCAUAUUUUGUGACUAUUUCAGCCACAACUGACCAUUUCAUCUACUGAUGGUCUGACGUAUAAUAUUCAAACCGGACACCGACACUUCUCCGAAAUCCUUGUGGCGCCUUUUGGUCAGCAGACGUCAACCAUUUAGUUUCACCUGCCUCAUACACGCGCACUCCUACGCACUGUAUCUUAGGACUAUAGAUAUACCAGUGCCUUCCAAAUUUGGAGAAAGAAACCUGUGUGUAGAAACUACGAAAUUGGGAAUUCUCUUCAUGGCUAAUUUUCAUGGCAUAUUCCGAAUGUUCCUGGCUUAGUGCAAGAGGGUAUACGGAUAUCAAACAAGAGCCAGUCGAUCGUUUGGAACAUUCUUACGAGACCACCGAUCCCCCCGCUAGCGGUUCGGACGAAUCUUCUGCUCGCCGGGAGCAGGGUAUGCUUAAUUUCCAGGAGAGCAGCCCACUCUUGCCAAACGAAGAAGUCGAAGUAUUCUUUAAUCACCUGGACCGACCCAGCGCCACUGAAAACUCAACCACGCGAAACGCCGGAGAUAGUGAGUCUUCUAAACUAGAGAACACUCAGCAUCAGUCAGACACCAUGUUUCAGAACAGUAUGCACGCAAUGUCCCUCCCCACGGCAACAGCCCCGACGUACCACGAGACCGCGGGGGCCAACAGUUUUAUGCACGCAGGUUCCAGUCCCGUGUAUGUCCCCACCACUAGAGCCGUGCUCCCCAUGCAGUAUGCCUCGGGACAGCCAACUUCUAACCCCAGUGGAGGGUCUGCAAUGUGGAUGCAACCCGACCCCUCGUACAGUACCCCAAAUACCCAUCCCUCCGUGUCCCCGAGGUUCGCCUUUGCGCCCUCGCCAAACUCUCCCAUCAGUUCCCCCACGGUGAGGGCAGACCAGGCUGGAUUUAACCCUUCCCUGCGACCCAGCGGCAUCAGCCCCUACUCUGCGUGGAGCCCCGAGCUGUCGUGGAACUACAACAUGGCACUGCAGCAAGGACUGAGAAGACCCGGGGCAGAUGGACAGGACUAUUUCGCGGAUUUGGAGGGUCGGGAAUGCGUGAACUGCGGAGCAAUAUCCACCCCUUUAUGGCGCCGGGACGGGACCGGUCAUUAUUUGUGUAAUGCCUGUGGAUUAUAUCAUAAGAUGAAUGGGAUAAACCGCCCCCUUAUAAAACCACAAAGACGAUUGGUAAACAGGCCACUCGCCAUGAAGAAAGAUGGGAUUCAGACACGGAAGAGAAAACCCAAGAAUCUUGCCAAGAAUAAAAAUUCUAGUAAACAGGAAUCAAAUGCGGAUGUAAAACCAGCCGUCUCGCCCAACACCUUAAACAACAAUUCCUCCAACCAGAACAACGCCUUGGCGAGUUCCAUUAACAGUUCCAAUGUGAUGAGCCACAAUUCGUCAAUGACAACACUCACCUCCGUCGGAGUCGAUCAUGAAAGCGGGUUAGGGAGUCCGGUGAACUUAGCUUCCGUCCCGCAUUAUUCAUCGCCAUCACCACCUAAAGCUGUUCUGGUCAAAACUGAAAGUGACAGUCUCCAUGGACACGGUGGACCUCUUCAUUCUGAACCCGGGUCACUAAGUGCUGUGACUGUAGGGGCCAAUUAACCGGAAGUGAGCCGAAUCUCGCAGACAUUACAACGUAUUCAUACGCAUUACAUUUGAUAUAGAUUUUUAUAAGUUAUUAUAAUAUUCAAAUGAAAGUUUAUACGUUAUUAUAUUAUUUUCAUAUGUUGGUUCUAGGGAAUACAUUAUUAUCCUAGAAAUUGUUGAUUGUCUCAUUUCUAUAUAUAGAUUCGAAAUGUAUAUACUUGUAUUGAAAUGCAUGUCUGCUAAAACAUGUAUUUGAAACUGCUUGUUUUUGAGGGAUAUGUUAUAUAGAUAUAAAUUUUAAUAUCCAUUAGGAAGUUACCAAUUUUAUACCCAAUUAUGAAAAAAAUCAAUCAAAUACAAAUAACUUUACAACUACCUCACAAUUAACGUACUGUGUUCACGUGAGAUCAAUGUCAUUGAACACCCAUCUCCGUAAAAUUUGCAUACUAGCAUGAUGUUCAUGAUGUUCAACAACGGAUUAAAUAAAAAAAAAAAAAAAUAACCGGUACCAUUCCCGGUGAUCAUACUCAAAAACAAUACUUAAAUCCUAUAGAAAAGAAAGCUAAACUUGCUUUCCCUUGUUCCCUGUCACGUGACGUAGUGUAUUUAUCAGGGUAUAAAUCACUUUUAACGUAAGUUUGUUUGUAAACGCGAGUGAGUGAACAUAAAGGUGCUAUAUUUGGGCGUGAAUCGGUUUGCCAUAUCUUAUGAAGGCUAGUCGACUAUCAGAACAUUUCUGAUGUUAUACUUUAAUCGUAUUCUUUUUUUUGUGGUUAUCUAGAUAGAUAUUUUGAAUUAUGUGUAAAAAAUUUUACUAUGCAUAUCAAAACCUACUGAAAUUUUAAAUUGUGUAAUGAAAUAUACGUAGAUGUAUAAUUUAAUUGAUUGAAUGGGGCCAAAGGGAAAUAACUCAUUGAUUACUGCAAUUCAGUUUAGUUUUACGAUGUGUGUUAGAUUUUUAAAGAAAAUGUAAUUCAAUUCUUGCCAUAUUUAACAUGAUUGAAUAAAAUAUAAAAUGAA